UGGAAGGUUGGAGACACAAGUAUAGACGUGUACUAAAACUAUGACGAAUUCCCCCCAAAGGCUCAAGCUGCGAUUCGGGAUUAGUUCUCAAGGAAUAUUUCGUCUCACAGCAUCUCACAGACAUUGGAACAUCUCAUCCUUCCGCAAUCUCGAGCAAAAAUGUUCCUAGUCAGUCUCUUCACCGCUUUGGUCUUGGGGGGUUCCCUCCAACCCGUCAUUGCCGCCGAUGUCUACAAGAUGUGCAAAGACAACAAGUGCCAGAAUUGCAGUGUCGGAAUCACCAACGCUGGCACAGGCUACCCCAACUGCGUCACUUACGACUCUGAUACCGUCUUCUUUAAUCAAGACAUCCCCGGCUCUGAAGGAGGAGGCUGGCGGCCUUACAUCGACAUUCCGGAGCUCGACGUCGGUUGCAGGAUCAUUGUCAAGUCCCCAGCCAACACGGAUCUGCCGGGCCGCGGGUACCUGAUAGCUAGCUUCAGCCAGCCCGCCUGCGCCGUCCUCGAGCUGGAGAAGACCUUCAUGCUUCAGUUCUGCUGCGGCGCCGACGACUGCUCAGCGGCCGGUGCUGGCAAGGUCCGCCGCUCUGCCAAAUUUGGUGGUAGGUAUGGCUGGGGCGAGUUGCUUGAUCUCAAUGCCGCUAGCACUGGUUUGUACAGUCUCGCCCUCCGCGACGCCAACGGAACCGAGAUCACUCCGGCCCAGAUUGGUCCUCCUCAUGAGUCCACCAAGCGCCAGCCAUCCCAAUCGGCAGCCGAUCUUUUAGCUGUCCCCUCAACCAGAGGCGUCAAAUCUAAGCGUAGCUGCCAGCAGAACUCCUGGAGGGCUGAUGAAGGCAGGGCUGAGUACACCCGCCCUGCUGACGGCACACAGAUUCUUCUACGCGCAGUCCGCGGGCCUGGACAGUUUCAAAUUACCGAAACGCGGUCGCAGUCAUUCACGACUUCAAUGGACAUUGGCUUUGCAGACGUCCUCUCGCUUGGCGUUGGCUUCGAAAUGACCGAAACAGUGGAGGAUUCCCAGGCGUACACCUUCACCGUUGGCGAAGGCCAAACCGGGGAUGUGGGCUUUACUCCCUAUCUCCUGUGCACCACAGGGAGCGGCAGCUGCAACGGCAAUCAGGUCAGCGGUGAAAUCUGCACCCCAAAGACGAUUAAAAGGCCGGAUGGAUCUCUCAUUCUGGACGGCAUCUACAGUCUUGUCGUCCACUCCUGACCUUCUUUCUCGCUGACGGUGUCGCUAAAUCUGGGACGACGGUGAGACAAGAUGGAUGUAUGAUCGUAUUCUUCGCAGCCGGCGUUCUUGUAAACCUUAGUUAGUCUUUACAUUGUCUCUAACUUUGUUUCAAGUGUUCGUUGUUUCUUUACAGAGGAAAUUGCACGGUUCACUUGUGAAGUCGCUCUCUCUAUAGUUACCAGUUACCACGAGUACUUAUCUACGACCAUAAUGUCAUGCACAAACAUCAGAGGGCCGGGUGAGUUAGAAACAGAAGAAUGGCCAGCAUGCAUCUGUCUUAGGUUUUUACGUUUUUCUCUUUUCUUUUAG